GAUUUUAAAUAUUUUAAAAUAAAAUGUGGCGCUUUUAGUGUAAAUAUUUACUGUGUUUAACCGUUUUGAUUUUGAUCGAAGAUGAGUCUCCUUCGUUUUAAUCGAAUUAUUGAUUUCAAUCAAAGUGAGUUGGAUACAUUGAUUGUUUCUGGCAUUUCUACUAUUCAAACGUUUCUGGUUAAAGAAGCAUCAGCCAUAUCAAAAACAACUUCAAUUGAUAUCAAGAAAAUUAAAACCAAUCAAACUAAGCUCUAUGAGUACUAUUCCACUCCACUGGUCAAUUUAUCUUCUCUAUUCAAAGAGACGUCCGAAAAGCGGUAUGUUUACACAACUGGUUGUCCGAGAUUGGAUGAGAUGAUUGAUGGUGGUAUUUUCAGUGGUGAAAUAACUUCAAUAAUGGGCCAAUCUUGUUCUGGUAAAACUCAAUUUGUACAUCACAUGGCUUUACAGAUGGCUAUUCAAGGAAAAGAAGUAAUUUACAUUGACACGGAUGGUUCCUUCUCAGCUGAAAGAUUAGCUCAAAUGUAUGAUGAAACUUUACCGGAGCUUGAUAAAGAAUCGGUGUUGCAAAAAGUCAUUGUUACUCAAAUUUUUGGACUUUAUAAAUUAUUAUCUCUGUUAGAUAGAUUGACUGAAGAGCUUAAAACACCAGAAGGACCCUACAAUGAUGUCAAAAUGAUUAUCCUUGAUUCAUAUACAAAUCCAUUUGUUGAUGUCUUGGAUUACCAAAAAGACUGGGAUCGUGCUAAAAGGCAAUCUUUACUAACAAUUAUAAGUGCAUACAAUCGUGCUCUCCGAACAAUCGUUAUGCUUAGGCCUGAUAUUGCCUUCAUUACCACCAAUAUAGUCAUAGAAUUCGCCAAAUGCCUUUGGAAUAAUAAUUGUGGCCUCGUACUGAGUCUCGAUAAAACUGAUCAUGAAGUAAGAGACAUUUCUUGUGUACAAAGUGAGAGAGUAACUCAUGCCAAUCAAAGUUGUCGAGUUAAAAUUACUAAAUCAGGUUUUAUUGACUGUCAAGAAGAUAAUAACGUUUCAGAUCAGAUGGUCAUUGUAUAAUUGAUAUUUAAUGUAAACGUGUACGUGUUUAAUUCACGUUGGUUAAAAAAUAAAUCAAAUAUGUACAAUUCAUGUUCAAUAUAAGGUUUCCCAAUAAUCACAAACAAAAAGAAACAGAGAUGUACAAAUGAACAGCAAAAUCAAAUAAUAAUUGACAAUUUAAAAUUGAAAUUAAACAAACCAAGAUUGGUUACAAAUUGA